AUGGCAGUCCAGAAUGGAAACACUAGUUUUGAAACCAACUUCAGUAUACCCCGAGACCAUGCCUCCUCCCUCCCCUUCAACUUCAGUUAUGGUGAUUACGACCUCCCUCUAGAUGAGGAUGAGGAUAUGACCAAGACUCACACCUUUUUUGCAGCCAAGAUCAUUAUCGGGGUGGCACUUGUGGGCAUCAUGCUGAUUUGUGGCAUUGGCAACUUUGUCUUUAUCAUUACCCUUGCCCGCUAUAAGAAGCUGCGCAACCUCACCAACCUGCUCAUUGCUAACCUGGCCAUCUCCGACUUCCUGGUGGCCAUUGUCUGCUGCCCCUUCGAGAUGGACUACUAUGUGGUGCGCCAGCUCUCCUGGGAGCACGGCCAUGUGCUCUGUGCCUCUGUCAACUACCUGCGUACCGUCUCACUCUAUGUCUCCACCAAUGCCCUGCUGGCCAUCGCUAUUGACAGAUAUCUUGCUAUCGUUCACCCCUUGAAACCACGGAUGAAUUAUCAAACAGCCUCCUUCCUGAUCACUUUGGUCUGGAUGGUAUCCCUUCUCAUCGCCAUCCCAUCAGCCUACUUCACAACGGAAACCGUCCUCUUUAUUGUCAAACGCCAGGAAAAGAUCUUCUGUGGCCAGAUCUGGCCAGUGGACCAGCAGCUCUACUAUAAAUCCUACUUCCUCUUCAUCUUCGGCAUCGAGUUCCUGGGCCCAGUGGUCACCAUGACCCUGUGCUACGCCAGGAUCUCCCGGGAGCUCUGGUUCAAGGCGGUCCCUGGUUUCCAGACGGAACAGAUCCGGAAGCGGCUGCGCUGCCGCCGGAAGACGGUGCUGGUGCUCAUGUGCAUCCUCACGGCCUACGUGCUGUGCUGGGCGCCUUUCUACGGCUUCACCAUCGUGCGCGACUUCUUCCCCACUGUAUUCGUGAAGGAGAAGCACUACCUCACAGCCUUUUACGUCGUCGAGUGCAUCGCCAUGAGCAACAGCAUGAUCAACACCGUUUGCUUCGUGACCGUCAAGAACAACACCAUGAAGUACUUCAAGAAGAUGCUGCUGCUCCACUGGCGGCCCUCCCACGGUGGGAGCAAGUCCAGCGCUGACCAUGACCUCAAAACCAGCGGCCUGCUGGCCACGGAAGAGGUGGAUUGUAUCAGGCUGAAGUGA